CGAAUAUUGGAGAAAACUGGAUCCUUUUAGUUGAAAAAAAGUCAUAUUGAAGUACUUAAUACUACUACAAAACUUUAUACGGCUUAGAAUCAGUUCAUUAUGUCAACUUCAACAUCAAUAGAGCCAGAAGUGGAUCACGGGAAUUCGAAAAAGACUGAAGUUGUGAACAAAUUUCGAGAAUUUCAAUCUGAUCUUGAUGGUAAACAUGACAAACAUGAGAGACUCGUCAAAAUAAGUAGAGAUGUGACAAUUGAAAGUAAAAGAAUCAUAUUCUUAUUGCACAGAUAUCGUGAAGGUAUGAGCGACACUGAGAAAAAUAAGAUUUUGGAGGAAGGAAACCAGAAAAUGAAAUUGAUUCAAGAGAAUAAAUUCCAUCUCAUGGCAAUUGAAUUAAAAAAUGAGGACCCUAAUCAGUUCAUGAGAGCUGUAUCUCCAGGGUUACAAGAAUAUCUAGAGGCCCUAUCAUUCUAUCAUUAUUUAGAAAAGGGAUUGUUAAUAAGUUUAAAUGAAGUACAGAAUCAGUUUGUGUUUAAUUCAUCAGAAAAGUUGGAAUCGGCCACAUUUAAAGUUCCUGCCGAGGAAUACUUGCUAGGCAUUGCUGAUUUGUCUGGCGAAUUGAUGCGUUUGGCUAUUAACAAUAUUACUGCUGGAAAAUUUGACUUGUCUUUUAAAGUGUGUGAGUUUCUACAGGUUCUACUGUCUAGUUUUAGUUUGUUUGGUAACACAAUCAAAGAACUGAACAGAAAAAUGACAACUCUUCAGCAAAGCUUACGGAAAGUUGAGAAUGCCUGUUACACAUUACGUGUACGAGGAUGUGAAAUUCCAACCCAUAUUUUAGCUGAUGUUAUUGCUGGAAGUGGUAAAAUAUCAGAACAGAUUGAAUAGUUGUUUACCAGUAAUUUUGAAGAGUUUGAAUUUGUCUCAACAUAGAUGUACCAUUACAUUCAACCCAUUUUCCAUGAAUA